AUGCGUGCCCAAGUGUUGGCGGCUAUGGUGGCUAGUCUGCUGGUCACUCUUUCAGCUGCUCGUAGAAACAUCAUUGAUAAUUGUCCCUAUACCUGCACUUCCAAUGAUACCACGUCUUGGAUAUCCUAUCAUUCAGCCGAUCGUCUAGCUGUGUGCAACGAAACAAUGCUUCUUGAUUUUCUUCUCCAUAAUCCUCUCAACGAUACUCAGACUCAGUCGACCAUCUAUGCUUGUACUACACCCAACAGUGGUGCGAGCGUCUCAAAAAGAUCUACCUCCAAUACCAAUGCCACCGAUGUUUCCUUAGAACUGGGGACAUGGGGAUCUUCCACUUCCAGCGCCAUAUCUGAGCUUCUUUCUGUGAUUGAAGAUAUUGAAGCCUAUCCCACGAGCUUUGCCAAUGAUGGAAAAUCCAGCACUAUCUUUGGAUACAAUGGCGAUAUCAGCGUGGGUAUUAUAUCGGGGGAAGGUGCAUUUGACCAAAUGGCUAUUCAGUACUGUGGUACAACGUCUAAUUAUAUUGUUGGCCUAGCAGUGAGCACCGACGAUGAUUUGCCAGCUGUCCAACACCUGGUUAAGACAUGGAGCCUAAGUGAGUGCGUUACCGGCUUUGAAGUUUCAGAAAAUAUCUCGUCGUCUCUGGAGUUCAAAACAGGUGUACAAAGCACAACAUCCCUUAGUAGACGCUCUCUGCAUACACAUUACAUGCACGGACGUCCUAUUCAUGGAGGGCUUUUGCAGCGUCGAGGUGACUGCACUACUGUGCAGGUUGUCUGGGGAUACCUGCACCACACUCGUAGCCGAGGCUGGUUGGGAUGCGAUGAUCUUCAAGCUGGAGAAAACAUUUGCUUGAGCGAGGGUGAACCACCGUUCCCGUCAGCAGUGGAAAGCGCUGUUUGUGGCCCUCAAGUUCCAGAUACCACGGCGAAUGGCACCGACUCUUCUGAGUGGGCCGACUUGAAUCCUUGUCCCCUUAAUGCAUGCUGUGACGUAUGGGGAGAAUGCGGUAUCACGCCAGAGUUCUGCACUGCGACUGAUUCUACUACUGGUAAUCCUGGGACGGCUGCAUCAGGCACUAACGGGUGCAUCUCAAAUUGCGGUAUCAACAUCACCAAUAACGACGAUGCCCCUGACGAAUUUUACGCCAUAGGCUAUUUCGAAGCAUUUAACAUCGAUCGUGCCUGUCUUACCAUGGAGGUAUACAGCAUUGACACUUCUGCGUAUACCCAUAUUAUCUACGCAUUCGGUCUCAUUGACUCGGACUAUUCAAUCAGCAUCAAUGUUUCACAGUCAGAUGUCUUUGAGCAGUUCCUAGCUCUUGAAGAUGUCAAGAGAAUUGUCUCCUUCGGUGGAUGGGACUUCUCAACCGAUGUGGAUACCUAUAUGAUUUUCCGCGAGGGCGUCACUUCUGAUAAUCGUGAGACUUUCGCGCAGAAUGUUGCCGAUUUCAUCUCAACGAAUGAUAUCGACGGUGUCGACUUUGAUUGGGAGUAUCCCGGACAGCCUGAUAUUGAAGGCAUCCCAGCUGGAAGCGAUGAUGAUGGCACCAACUACUUGGCAUUCUUGAAAGAAUUACGCUCACUCGUCGGUGACAAUAUCACAAUUUCGAUUGCCAUCCCAGCCUCCUUUUGGUAUCUGCAGGGCUUCCCAGUUUCAGAUCUGAAUGAUGUGGUAGACUUCUUUAUCUACAUGACCUACGAUCUACAUGGACAAUGGGGUUAUGGAAAUGACUCUUCGGAUGACGGCUGUACGGAUGGCAACUGUUUGCGAUCUCAUGUUAACUUGACCGAAACGGGCUAUGCCCUUGCAAUGGCUACCAAAGGAGGUGCACAGAGCCUAAAGCUGAUGGUGGGUGUCAGUAGCUACGGUAGAUCUUUUGAAAUGUCUACUGCUGGCUGUACCGGUCCGGAUUGUACCUAUACUGGCCCUGACUCGGGGGCUACACCCGGAAGAUGCACGCAAACUGCUGGGUAUAUCUCUAAUGCGGAGAUAGACGAGAUCAUCUCCACCAACCCCAGUGUUGAAAUCCUUUUCGAUGAUGAUAGUGAUUCCGAUAUUAUUGUGUAUAAUGACACCCAGUGGGUUGGGUACAUGACCACCACUACGAAGAGCACUCGCACUACCUAUUAUCAAGGCUUGAAUAUGGGUGGCACGACAGAAUGGGCAAUUGAUCUCGAAGAGUUCAUCGAAGAUCCCGAUGAUAUCUCAAUUGUCAAUUUGAGUACUGAUCUUUCGGAUGAAGAGCAAUGUGAAACCCCGGAUAGCUCUACGGUCACCUCGGCAGAGGCAAGCUCGGAUAGAAACGUGGCGGGAUAUAUUGACUCUCUCAUCACGAAUACACUCAAGAACAAGACUGCCAAGUGGGACAAAACUCUCUUUGGGAACGACAACGUGGAUUGUUCCUCUUUCCCGACUAAUGAGGACUGCAACUUUCCCAAUUCAAGUACUUGCACUUCAUAUGCAGAACCAGCUCGGUAUUGGGCACAAUUUGUAGCCGCUAUCAUCUGGUUCUACAUGGAUGAGUACUAUGAAUUAUUCGACGUGGCGAAGACAAAUGUUACUGAUCGAGUCCAACAACUGGUCACUGACUUCCCAGUUCAAAGCCCCGAUACCAUUCCGGAUCUUGCCUCGCUUUUCACCAACUUCGGUGGGGCAUUGGGGAUUGUGUCCUCGUUUACCGGUGAUGGAUUAGCAACUACCCUCACAGCAGCUGCCGGUGGUCUGUUCUCGGAAGCCGGCUCCAAAGUGUCCUCUGAUGAUGAUGACCACGAAUAG